CGUAAGAAUUUUUCCUUUUCUUCUCUCAAAUUCACAAAUUAUGUAGCGAAAGUCACAAAUUUGUUCUAUUGUUCCUCAAAUUUUUAAAUUUAUUGCGCCAAAUCCCUCAAAUUUUUUUACAAAUUUCUCAAUAAUGUGGAUUGGUGUGCCCAAAUCGAGCAACACCUACUAUACCUCACAAAAAUGGCGAGGAAUUGCCCUCACAACGUGUGCUUUGAUCCUCAUCGCAACCCUAAUCCUAUUCAAAGCAAAGCCCACUUCCCCAUCUGAUCCCGAAGCCCUAAAAGGAACCGCCUUUUUCCCCAGUUCCAUCCAGUUCCACCCUUCUUUUGAGUUCAUGAAUGGCACUGAAGUGAUUUGGCAAAUCCCCAAUUCACCAAAAGCAGCUCUUUUUAUAGCCCCUGGUUGCACUAUUCGAGCCUCCAAUUUCUGGGACAAGUCCACAUUUUGCCCUAAUUGCGACGGAUUGCCAGAAGAAAGGGCUUUUGUUCUCCAAGCCCUCGAAAGAGAAUUCGCAGUUUUGACAAUUUCUAGUCUUGAGGAAUGUUGGUCUUUUGGUAAGGAGUUGGAGAAUGUGGAAUGGAUCAUCAAAUGGUGGGUUCGAGAGAAUAAGCUCGAGGGGCUUCCGAUGACGGCUUUAGGGGCUUCUUCUGGCGGCUAUUUUGUUUCGGCACUCGCAUUCAAAAUGAGGUUUGGUAGCAUCACAAUUAUGAUUGCAGAAGGGGUGUUUGUAAAUAUAGCUAUUGGAAAUGACUAUCCGCCGACUCUUUUUGUUCAUAUGCCGAAAGAUCGAAUUAGAAUGAGUAAUAUAUUACGAAACAUGGAAGAUUUCAAGGCGAAGGGUGUUGAUGUUAAGGAAGUGCGAUGUAUGGAUUUCCCUUUGAUACCGAAUGUAUUAUCAGAUAGAAUUCCGGGUGUGAAUCGAAGUUUUGCGGUUAAAAUAGUUGAGGUUUUCCACGAGAAGGGUUUUGUGGAUGAGAAGGGAUACAUGAAAAUGGACGGGAGGGCGAGUCCCUGGAAGGAAGCUCUGAAGGAAAAGAAUCUUUUGUCCGAGAGUGAUGAAUGGAUUAAACACGUGGAAGAAGAGUUAAAUCUUGCAUAUGGUUACCAUGAAUUUUGCAGCUUAAAGUCUGAGGAUAUUUUUGAGUGGUUUGAUUCCCACAUGAAGUGAAAGUGAUGAGAUCCUUGAGUGCAGAAUAUCCAGCAAACAUAUUUGUUUCAAUUUUCUGGCGACAUGGUGUUGGAAGAAAAAUAAUCUCUCUAGGGAGUAGCUAGCUUUCAUAUUUACAAAAUUCGACUGUUGGAUAACCUUUGAGGAAAAUGAUGCAGGGCAACGCAUGGAGUGUUCGAACACUUUGCCUAAGCGUCCCAAGUUUUUACUAUACUUCCAUUUGAUAAUAGCUGCUCUUGCUAAUACAUCACCACACAUUAUGCAACUAUAGAGUUUCUGAUACUCAGGUGAGUCUUUGUAUUUGUUGGUUUGUUAUCCUAUGGUUCUAACCAUGAGAAAUGUUGUAGCGUUCAAUUGAUCUUGUUGGUUAGAAAAUGCGGGCAACUUGUAGUGUACUUCAAUGUUUUACUCAAAUAGUAUUUAGUUUCCUCUGGAGAUAUAUGUCAUAAUUCGAUCUUGCUACUCAAUAUACAAUAAAUGCUUUUUUACGAGACCA